AUAAUUUUGUGUCUUUGGAUUUGUCUUCCUUCAGAAUCUUGGGCUGGACACAACGAGAAAAAACUCCUCCAUAAGCUACUAGAUCACUACAACGUAUUAGAACGUCCUGUUGCCAAUGAAUCUGAUCCUCUUCAAUUAAGCUUCGGAUUAACUUUAAUGCAGAUCAUAGACGUGGAUGAAAAAAAUCAACUGCUAAUCACUAACAUCUGGUUGAAAUUAGAAUGGAACGACAUGAACUUGAGAUGGAAUUCUUCAGAAUUCGGUGGGGUGAAAGAUCUCCGUAUUCCACCCCACCGCCUCUGGAAACCCGAUGUUCUCAUGUAUAACAGUGCCGACGAGGGCUUCGAUGGAACUUACCCUACAAACGUGGUUGUGCGUAACAAUGGCAGUUGUUUGUACGUUCCACCCGGUAUAUUUAAGAGCACAUGCAAAAUUGAUAUAACUUGGUUUCCGUUUGACGAUCAGCGCUGCGAGAUGAAGUUUGGAAGCUGGACGUACGAUGGAUUACAGGGGUCCAUGUCUCAACUUCAUAGAGAAGAGACGACCAGACGUAGCAUUUUGAUAAACGUAAUUGAAUUUCUAGUUUUAUUAGACAAUCACAUAUAUCAUAUAGCAGUCUUUUGA